CAUAGGCCGAAACCAAUCCCCCUUAGCUCCGGUUGAGGGUUUUAGACGAUUGAGGAGAUCAACAAACUGAACAAAGCUAGGGCAUCAACCUUCGACACCAGAGACUGAACCACCACACCUUCCGAACCUUACUUGAACUACGAUGGGGUCAUACAAGUGUGCUUUGGAGUUAUGGAGAAAAAAGCAAACAGAUGUUAUUAGGGUUUUGCCCAAGAUGAGAUUGUGGGGGUACAGAGCUUUCCACACAGAAGAGCCCAAGCCAGAUCAGUUGCUGGCAGUACUGAAAUCAGGAUGUGCAAGUCAAUCUACUGCUUCUGCAAACCAUUUGACUAGGGGCAUAGCUGGAGCUGAUGGAAUUCCUGUUCUAUAUGGAAGGAAGUGCGCUAGAGAGUUAAUGUCUACUUCUUGGCCACAAUUUCAACCCACAAGAAACUAUAUAGCAAGUUCCAGCAUUCCUCAAUUUUGUAGAUCCAUUUCAUCAAAAGCUUCACGGCAACCACGACAAAGUCCAUCUGAGAAUAAGAAAGACUUAUCUACUGUAGAGGAUCCUUUUGAUGCUCCUACAUACAACAUCCCAGAAAAGCCUGUGACAUUUGUAGAGGGAGCUUCCUACAGUGUAGUUAUUCUUGCAGGGCUUGGAAUUGCUGCUGCCGCAGGAUAUGCUGUCUUUAAGGAGCUUAUUUUUGAACCGAAAGAGUACAAGAUCUUUAACAAGGCUCUUAAAAGGGUUCAAGAUGAUGCACAGGUUAGGAUGAGGGUGGGAUACCCUAUUACAGGGUAUGGUCAAGAAAGUAGAAACCGUGCUGCUCGCCAACGCAUUCCCAACAGAAUAUGGCAUGAUGAAGAAGGGGUAGAGCACGUAGAGGUUAAUUUUUAUAUACGAGGGCCUCAUGGAGCUGGGAAAGUAUUUGCCGAGAUGUUCAAUGACCAAGCAGACAAGCAAUGGAAGUACACAUAUUUGAUUGUUCAGAUACAAGCACCUUCCCCAGCACAACUGAUUUUAGAGUCUUAUCUGCCAAGUUAUAACGCAGCCAACUAGUCAUGCUCACUUCUGUACCCAAUAGCGUGGGUAGGAUAUUUAGAGUUAGUCCUGUUAAUAAGUUUUUGUUUUACCUCUAAUAUCCUUGAAAACGGUCGAGCUUAAACUUGCCCCUAAUUUUUUCAUUAAUAGUAUUAAGCUUUAUUUUUCAGUCUCAUUUUUCUUUUAUCAACUCACAUGAGAAACUUAAUAAAUUUGAUCCCAAACGUUCCGGUUUUUUA